UAUCCAUCAUCUUUCAUUUCAGUCUCUCACAUUUUUCUUCCCCCACAUAAAAGGAACUAACAAGCUUCAAAUAAAUAAAUAAAUAAAUAAAUCCACAAGAUCACCAGAUCUAGAAGCUUUUUUUUUUUUUAAUUUUUAUUUCUUAUCUUUAUUGAUACUUAAAGGAUGCAUUUUACAAUAAUACUUCUACUUUUCUAGAUAUGGGUAUUCAUCAAAAUGUGUAACUGAAACUGGUUUACGUUCUUUUUUAUUAAUUUAUUUUUCUGGGCUAGUAAUAAAGAUACAAUCUUUAUUGUUAAUAUUAAUUUUUGGAGAUUGUUAGUUGAUCAAAAUAUGUAGAUUGAAACUGGGUUAGGUUCUUUUAAUUAUUUUUGGGUUUUAUUUAUUUGGGCUGGUAAUAAUUUGAUCCACAGAUAAUUCUUUUUUGUUUUUUUGGUUUUAUUUAUCUGGCUGGUAUUAAAGAUACAAUCUUUAUUGAAAUUCAGAUCAUUCUGUGUAUUUUUUUUUUUAGAUUGUUAGUUUGAUCAAAAUAUGUAGAUUGAAACUGGGUUGGGUUCAUUUUUCUUUCUUUUUUCCUCAAUUUUUUUUUUUGGCGGGAGAGAUUUUGUUUGGUCAGUAAUGAUGACGUCAUCAUCACCGCCACCUUCGGGCGGUGGCAGCGACGGAGGAGGAGGAGGAGGGAAUUAUAUAGAACACCAAGUUUCUAAAUUUGAUACCCUUCCUGGUGUAGCUAUCAGAUAUGGUGUUGAGGUAGCUGAUAUUAAGAGGUUGAAUGGGCUGGUUUCGGAUCUCCAGAUGUUUGCUCGAAAGACACUUCAAAUACCAUUACCUGGGAGGCAUCCACCAUCACCCGUUGUCUCAAAUGGUCAAGACCCCCAAGGACCAAGCAGCUCUGAGCAGACCCCUUCAAGCAAUCAAUAUGAUUUGUUUGGUUCAUUUCAAUCCCUGAAAUUGAAGUCUUCCCUGCAGCCAAGAGUUUCACCAGCCAUGAGCUCUUUAUUAGGUUAUCAGGGUCCUAAACCGGCAGAUCAGAAAGUUGCAUCUGAAGGUUUUGAAAUGGCUGUCUAUCGGAAAGGAGUAUCACAUUAUUUAGAAGAUGGACCGUUUGUCAAGUCAACUCCUCCUCAUCAUCCUAAUCCACCAAUCGGUCUGCAUAGAAAAUGUAAAAGUGUAGCUAAUGAAUUGUCAGAGAAUGGAGUAGAUAGCACAGAAAAUGGAUAUGAUAGAGUGUUUGAGAAAUUGGCGAGAAGGCGUCAGAAGUCUGAGGCUGAUUUCAGUUCCCGCACCCCAGAAGUGCUGUUGAAAGAAGAUAAUAACAGCAGUGGGGGGACCGGGUUUUCUGCUGCUGCUGGAAAGGGUUUGGCUUUGCGACCUAAGUCUGCUAGUCGAACUCUCUCUGGACCGGAUACCGAGGCAAGUUCAAUAAAUCCUAUCCCUAUCUUGUUGAACGAUUCUUUUCUGAACGAAAGCGCAAGUGUGAGGAAGUCAUCGAGUACACCGAGUUUGCAGGAAUCAGAGAGUGGCACAUUAUCUUCUCUUUGGCCAACAACAAAGUGGAAUUUGAAGCCGGAUUUUCAGGCAAUAUCUACUGCAGCAAUUACAAAACCAAUCUUCGAUAGCCUUCAAAAGCCAAUUGGUGCUCGAAAAAGCAAGACUGCUGUUGAUUAGCAAUUCUUUCUCCAUAUCUUGUUAGUCCUCCCUCUAACACAUAGUAGAAACUGAAAACUAGCUUUAGAAGUAAAACUCUAAAUGCCUUCUUAUUGCUAUAAUUUUAUCUUUUCCUUCAUUUCCUUUUUUGUAUUGCAAAAUUUUGGUUCAUGUGUAGCAUUAGCAAAAGGUUAAGUUUAUUCUUGGAGUUGAAAAUUUGUAGCAGCACAGUAAAGAUUACUGUGUAGUAGAAAUUUUUGUUGCUUCAUGGACCUUCCAAAUCCUAUAUAUGUUAAUUACAUAUUUAGGUCUAUUUAUCUGUAAUUGGAGGAAAGAACAUUGGUUAUUUAUAUAAUAUUAGACAUUCUUUCUGCA